AUGCGCUUCCUAUUUUUAUCUUGGACACUAUUUAUCGGGUCAUAUGGGGUAGAGCUACCGAAGAUUCCUAAACUGACUGAUUUAAUAAAUCCAUUCCAACAAUUCAAACUUCGGGAUAUAUUGGGUGCAAUCACAGCACUUGAAACUCCGGAUAUUGGAAGUGAUCCUCCCGGAAUCUCGUAUCCAAAACAUGAAUAUACGGAUCGGUUGAGCAGUAUUUCAGAUAUUAAUAGAUCUAAAAGAGAUCUUCUCUUCCAAGGAGACAUCCAUCUAUCAUUCGAACACCUUUCCAACAUUGUUCGGGAACAAUUAGACCAUCCAAGAAGAAAACGAACUGCUUUCCGAAAUGCUCAAUAUCCAAGUACAAUUUGGUUACCUUAUGUUCCUUACGAGCUUCAUACAUCUUUAUCCCCCAAAUCCCGCUCCUCACUGAUUGCGGCAAUUUCGUUCUGGGAGAAGAACACAUGUGUCAAUUUCAAAAAACGGACAAAUGAAGAAGUGUAUUUGUUGAUGUCCGCUGAGGAAGAAGGAUGUUGGAGUACAGUUGGAAGGGAUGAAGCACAAAAAGCACAGAUUCUGAAUAUAGGAGAGGGAUGUGAAAUGUUUGGAAUCACUUCGCAUGAGUUAGCUCAUGCGCUUGGACUAUUUCACGAGCAAUCAAGAUAUGAUAGAAACAAUUAUGUUCAAAUUAUAAAAUCGAGAAUUGCACAGAAGAACUUUUACGAUUUCGCUAUAGUUGGAAUGAGGAAUAUGGAAACCUAUGGUCAGAAAUAUGACAUUGGAAGUGUGAUGCAUUAUAGACCAACCGAGUUUUCCAUCGAUGGAGGUAAUACAAUAAUCGCCAAGGAUAUCAACAUGCAAAACACAAUGGGUCAAUUCCGAGGACCUUCAUUUCUAGAUGUGGCGAAAAUCAAUAGGCACUACAACUGUGAAACCAAUUGUAAAUACAAGAUUAAGUGUGUCAAUGGAGGCUAUCAACAUCCGAGAAAUUGCAAUGUUUGUGUGUGUCCACCAGGAUAUGGAGGAAAGGAUUGUACAGGAAUCGAGACAUCAAAUCCAGCGAAAUGUAAUGGAAUUCUGGUUGCUGGUGAGACGCAAAGAAAGUUUACAAUUAACAUCAAACCAAAGUAUCUGGUAAAUGGAGUUAGAAAAUGUAACUAUCACAUUACAGCUCCUCCUGGAAAACGUAUUGUUGUAAUUGUGGACUCAGUGAUUGGAAAUUGCGUUCAAGGAUGUUAUGAAGAAGGAGUUGAACUGAAAAUGUAUGAUGAUAAAACUGUAACCGGAGCACGAUUCUGCUGCAAACUUCAAAAACCUCAAACGCUGGUUUCUCAGGGAAAUACUGUUCCCGUAAUGGUGGUUGCUGGAAAAGCGCAAGCUUUCGUUCAGUUGAGAUAUGCUACAGUGGAUCAUCCUCAAAACCGUAGUCCGAAAGACGGAAACGCAACGUCUUCUGGAUUCAAUCCAUUGUUUUUGGAAAAAUAUCUUGAUGAUUCCAUCGACAGUGAAGCCAUUCGAAGGGAAUAUUUGAUCCAAUCAGACAAUAUCGGUCAGGAAGAUUUCGAAACAUUGGUUCGCCGCGAAUUUGUGGAUGAGAACUCUGUCGAAAUUUGA